CACACAGAGAGUAGUGUCAAAAUAAAUUGAAGAAGAAGAAGUGAAUAAAAAGUAUUUCGUGCUAUUUUGAUCAAUUUUGUGCAGAAAAAACCAUAAAAAUUGUGUUAAUUGUUUUAAUAGUGGACCAUAGGUGAUCAGCAAUAGUGAAAUAAGGCGAUUCAAUAAUAAAAAGCAAUGAAAAGGUGUUUUUAGGGGGUGAGUUUGUUGUGUUGUUCUUAUACGGUGAUUUUUGCGGAGACGCGAGCGGAGUUGAAAUGUACGCAAAAAGCCCAAAAUAAUGGAUAUUCUGGACAAUAAGGAGAAGAUUUGUGUGAGGUGCGAUCUACCGAAGACUGGGCAGAAGGCUGACAACAACAAUAUAGCUCCGGAACACGUGAAUGGAGAGGGAAAUGUCAGUGUUCCGGAUGCACUGGGGGCGCAAUCCGGCAAUGGGGAGCGCCUACCGGUGCGCCAGGAGGAGGAUAGAGCUGCUGAAAAUAUAGGUCAGGCAGCAAAUUUGCUGUCAGAAGAUGAAAUAUCGUCAAAUUCUGACGACUGUGUUUACACAUAUCGCGGUGGACACCUGGAAGCCCCCAUGAGGGUGCCCCAGGAAACCCUAGUGGACGAUACGGAUUUUUUGGAGUUCCUAGAGAUGGAUUUUGAUCCUGAGCCCAGCUCAGAACAGGACAAUUAUCCCGAAAAUAGCUAUUUACUGGAACUCGAUGGAUUUAUAGCGAAUCUGCAGGAGAAUCAUCCACUAACAGCUACUUUCAAUGGGAUUCACUCCCUGGACAAGCCACCAAUUCUCCUUGAGGAUAAAUCCCUACCAAUUGAGGUCCAAGAUCUGACGGAUAAACCACCAGACAAUAUCCAAACGGACAAAUUACAACGAAAUACGGGAGCAAAACCCAAAUUAACCCAAACAACAAAUUCCACAGUUAAGCAGAAAAAAUCCCCUCCCAUUGUUCCCAAUGAUCCAGAUCCUCCACGAGCAGAUGCUCAGAGGCACAAGGAAGUCUGUCUGGAGUGCUCAGAAUUGGAGUUUCUGAGUGAAACUUCCCAGAAUCCAAUGAAGCAGAGUCGCAAGUGCACAAAACACGCCCAAGAACGCUCAAGAACACCACCGGAAUUAUCCACUUCAGCCUGGGACUCAGACAUUGCAGCCAUUCAGUCCGCAGGUCGGCAGGUACCGCACAGAGAGUCCCGGAACCUGCUGACACUCAACCUGGAUCUUCCGGCUGGGCAGGAUAAAGUGGUGAAGCUGUCUUCAGUGGGAUGCACUGAGGAGGAUGUCGUGGAGUGUCUGUCGACGCUGGGCGUCAAAGUGAACCAGACGGUGCUGAAGGAGCACUUUGAGGGGCUGACGAGUGAAGAAAUGGUCAGGCAAAUGGAUCUGACCGAAUUUAUACUGCAUAUCGCAAAGUUGAAUUGUGAUUAUCACAAAUUAAUUGAUGCCAUUCGAGCUGCCUGCGAGAAAAGUGCCCAAGAUCUUCAUUUUAGCUUUGAGCCUUCGAAGAAAGUUCCUGAGAUGAUAAAAGUGAAUCUGACGGACAUUGCAAUCCGAUGGAAUCCCAAUGCGAGUCUCAGGGAUCUCAUAAAUCUUCCCAACAAGUAUUUCCAUACCUUCAAUGUUGUCGGCAAAAUCGCCAAUGCUGUCCGCCAGCUGAAUACUCCUGACGAGAGCGACAAAUGCGACCACAUUCUCGUGCCCAAUUUCUACAAGAGCGGAUUUGUGGUGAUUUCGCGUCGCAAAUAAUAGGAGCAGCAAUUUCUGUGUCAUAAUUUUGCAUCAAAAAUAAUUCUUCUUGAUUUUGGAUGGCUUUUGAGUUUAUGUAAAUAUAUCAUACAUAUAUUAUAUAUAAUUAUUUUUGUAAAUAAUAGUGAUAUCUACCCAUAUUUAAUUUAUUAAUGAAGUAUAACAUGCUCCAUAAGAUUGAAUAAAUGAUUUACAAUUA